CUCCUCCAUUUGAGUCAAACCAAUUAUUGGCCCUGCUUUGGAUGCUGUGUCAUCUGUGAAGCUUUUGUCUCUGUAGUCGCCAGCCUAUGAGAGCUCAGUACUGCAAUAAAACAGCCAAUCAGAGCUCAAGUAGUAUUAUAAAACCUUUGAUGCUCACUACCUGGACACCAUAGUGGACGUCUGUUGCAACGUCAUCCUACAAUGAAGCUCCUCUUGUGCCUGUCCAUUCUGGUACAUCUGACUGUUUCCUUCACAACACCAGUUCAAGAUGCAACUACAGGACAGGAAAACCCAGUCCCUGAAGAUCUUAACGAGCAUGGAAAUACCCUUGACCACCCGGGCACAACACCAGGUGGUACCACAACCACUGAAGAGCAGGAGAAGCCCUCAGGAGAGACUGUAGAUUCAGAGGCAAGAUCCAGAGAGAGUGGUAACUCCCAUGACUUUACAGAUGCAGGGCUACACGGGAAGAACUCAGUAGAGAAAGAAACAUGGAGGAUGGCGCAAGCAACUACUUCGGCAGUCAAUGACAGUGAGGAGACAACAGCUACAGACAAAGAUGUAGCUUCUGUCAAACACUCUGCAAUGAUGAGAGACACUGUGAAGCAGGACAUGAGCAGCAGAGAGGACGAUGUCCUUAGUGACGUGGGCAUUUCCAACAAGUCAGCCCAUGUGUUGAAACCAGACAAGGUGGACCCCGGCAGCGCCGAACGCAGGGACACCCGGAAGGCCGUCCCCGCAGGGAGAAGCGUCACCAACCGCGAGCCCGUGGGUCUAAACAGCGAGGGGUCAAAGGUGGCAGACUGCCAGGAUACCAGCUGUGUAUCCACAGACCCGAGUGCUGCAGUCAAAGGGCUCCAUGUUGCCGUGAAUGCCAGUGGGGAGGGCAAAGAUCGGCAGGGCCAUGAGGGCCCAGAGAGGGAGGCCGUGCCUGGGGACAGUCGCAGACUUGGGGUGAAUGCUAUGGUGAAACCAGCCAGAGAGCCCCAGGACCUGGACAGUCUGGAGAUGGCCCAUGGUAGAAUUCUUCAAGAAGGAUACAGCAGAGAUGAUCUUGAUGAAACCUUGGAGUUGAUCAGUGCUGAGAGGAUCCCAGCAGCGCUUGAUCAGAUUGUCAGAAGACCCGGCCAGUAGUCUUGUGGUGGACCACGGUGGACUCCUUUGUGCAAGCAGUCUCACUUCCCACCAGCAGGGGGCGUUUUUACCUUCGUCUCCACAGACCGUGGGGCUGCAGACUGCCUUGGAGAGCCGCCAAUAACAGACACAUCUGUAUGUUCAGGCAGAGCAAGCUCCCGUGGCAGUAAAAAUAUCUGAUGCCUUUCUGUUUUAUUCUGGGUUGGGUGGAUUGGCAACUCCACCCUCAUCAUUGUUUUUAAUAAAGAUAUUUAAAAUACAA